GUUGAACCUAAUACUUGUUAUUGAAACUUAUAUUACAUAUAUUCAGUGUAGAGUACAAUGUCAUAUUCAAAUUCUGUGUAGUGAAAGAUUCCAAGCUUUUUGUUUAUUAUUGCCAAAUCAAUUUUUAGUACUACGUUGAUGGAUUCAUUUAUUUGUACUGACGUAAUAACUGUCACAAAAAUACCCUUUUACAGGCAUAUAUUUCAGCACUAUAAACAGAACAUGACUCAACCUGCAGUUCAACACCUGAUGCAGUGCUGAGUGGAGAGAUGAAGGCAGAUAUGUUUCUGUCUCCACACCUGUGGAGGGAACCCCUGCCCUCGGCCGCGCCGCCAGACGAGAUUAAAGGGAUGAGCAGACAGAGAAACUGAAAGUCAUGCCCAACAAAUCCUCCCACACAGAAACAACAAAAAGCACAAAGGCACCUCAGUGGUGGUGAAGACAGAGAGGCCAGCUCUGCUCUUAUAAUUCAGUCAGUUCAAAAUGUGGUGAGUUUCUGGUCACAUGACAGUUGUCUUAUGCUUAUGCCACUGCUGAAUAUUUGGGUAGAAUUCAAAUCAGGUCCUACAAUCAGUGAUUAUAGGAUCAGUGAUUAUAGGACCAAAUAUAUAAAGCAAACCUUGGGUCACUUGUUGCACUGAAGUUGAAUUGGGUGUGAUGAAGGCUAGAAAAAGGUAAGUAGUUGCUUCAAAAUGAAGAGACGAGGAGCCCAAUCAGGCUGUGCUCAAAGACAGAGGGGUGGGCAGUGGUGAUGUCAGUGUGUGACAGAUGAAACAUCAGACAGCCUCUUGCUUUGCACAAACAGCUCAAGAGACUUCCUCUCGCUGGUCAUUGUGCAGCAGAUCACAGCGGAGCGGCAACGAGAACAGGCUAUUUUCCCCAGAUGCUUUUUCUUCUUCUCAUAAAUGAUUAAAGCAGCCUAUAGACCUCCAAUAAAUGACUCUAAACAGCAAUUUUACAGCCAAAUGUAAUGCUGCGUAUGUAAACAAAAAGUGCUUUAUUUAGGCAGUGUGUAUGUUGUGUGCCGGGUGAUGCAUGCAACACAGUGCAGGUUGGUGUCUCUCUGCUGCUGCUGAGCUCAUGGCUCACAGGAGAGCCGGUGGCUGCUGCUGCCCCCGGGCGCCCAUGAAUGAAGACAAUGCUCGUUUCUGCCUGCUGGCCGGCCUCAUCCUGCUCUACUUGCUGUGCGGUGCUGCCAUCUUCUCAGCCCUGGAGCACCCCUUUGAGCUGCGUGCCCGCCGCCUCUGGAAACAGCAGCUGGAAAACUUCACGCAGCGAUACAGGGUCAACCUGGGUGCACUGCACACUCUGCUGCGGCAGUACGAGGAGGCGAACGGAGCUGGGAUCAGAGUGGACACCCUGAGGCCUCGCUGGGACUUCUCUGGAGCUUUCUACUUUGUGGGUACGGUCGUCUCCACUAUUGGCUUUGGCAUGACCACACCGGUGACGAUAGCUGGGAAAAUAUUCCUAAUCUUCUACGGUCUUAUCGGCUGUGCUGCCACCAUCCUCUUCUUCAACCUAUUCCUGGAGAGGAUCAUCACGAUGUUAGCUUACAUCAUGCGCUGGUGCCAUGAGCGUCGGCUGAGGUGUGCCGGGGUGGAGUCGAGCAGGGAGGAGUCUUCUGGUGAGGAGGACAGCCUGGAAGGAUGGAAACCGUCGGUUUACUAUGUGAUGCUGAUCCUGGGCGUGGCAUCGGUUGUGAUUGCGUGCAGCGCCUCCACCCUGUACAGCUCUAUGGAGAACUGGAGCUAUGUGGACUCCCUCUACUUCUGCUUUGUGGCCUUCAGCACCAUCGGCUUCGGGGACCUGGUGAGCAGUCAGAGGCAGCAGUAUGAGUCGCAGGAGGCCUACCGGCUCGGGAAUUGCCUGUUCAUCUUGAUGGGGGUGUGUUGCAUCUACUCACUUUUUAAUGUAAUUUCUAUUAUCAUCAAGCAAACUCUUACUUGGAUCGUGGGGAAGCUGGUGUGCUCGGGCCGGCAUCGGCUCUGCUCCUGCUCCAAAUCUGGCUGCCGGUGGCUCUGUUGCCCCUGCCUCCAGAAAAAAAAUCGCAACCGCCUGCAUCCGCCUGCACACCUCAGAAGAAAACGCUUAAAACCCAACACUGUGCAGCCCAUGGCUUCCCACUGCCCUGCAGGAAGACACUGCUACAGGGACGGCUCGGUGGAGACGGUGUGUGACAGUGAGACGGACGCAGGCACAGUGGCUGAUGGGGCGUAUGUUGGCCGUCGUCUGUCAGGAGAGAUGAUCUCUGUCAAUGAGUUAAUGGUGUCCAAUAAGGUGUCACUGGCUCUGCUGCAGAAGCAGCUGAGUGAGACUGCUCACCAGGGCCCGCGGCAGAGCUACGGCCAUCAAAAUGGAUUCUCUGGAGGUGUGGGCGCCCUGGCCAUUAUGAAUAAUCGCCUACAGGAAACCAGUGUGGAUAGGUAGCCCCAACGCGAGGGCAUUAUGUGCAUUGCCUUCUAUUGGAGCCCUAAUUAGACAUGUUUUAUUACCAAGUUAUUUAGAGAAACUGAAUCAUUUGUCCCAUGACAAAUCCAAAUCCUGAAUAUAAAUAACACCCUCUAAUUAGAGUCUGUUCAGCACCUCUCUGAGUAAUUUCAAUGGGAGUCUAUGCCGGUAAAAGCAGACCUCCAGCAUUGAUUCUGGACGUCAAAUAAUUGAUUACAUUUUGUUCUAUGUAGAGAAAGACUGAAAAUAAGACAAACAAGAUUUCAAGAAUUCAGCAUCACUGUGAAGAGGGGUCUGAUGUCCUGAAGUGAUUGGCUCAUUCAAAAGCAAUCAGACGAAAUAAGCUACCAAGGAGCACUUAAAGGGGCCUGCUGAUUUAAGAGUGCUGCACAUGUCCCCUGCCCAUCUCAAUAAACACGGCUAAACGUAGUGCGGUAGUCAGUAUUAGCUAACAUACAGGCACGAUAUCUACUCAACUACCUGCAUAGAUAAAACAUUUAAGUUGUGAUUUGUAUUUAAACAGCGCUCCUUAUAGGCACUACAGGAGCUCAUGAGCACCAAGACAUUUUAAUUUGUUGAUUGCUCACAAGCUGUCCAUUUUGUUUCGUCAACGCAUGUCAUUGAAAUUCAAAGUAAUCAUGAAAGACAGCAGAUAUCCAGGGUUUUCAAAAAGGCACAUCUAAUCAAACGUGGCCUGUAGAGGACGUCCUUAUGCCAACAAGUGUUGUACGGAUAGUCAACAGAAGGGAGAACAAGAUUCAGGAUCUCCUCGACUAGCUGGAGGAGAUCCUCUACUAUGCAAGAAAACACAUUUUAAUCCAUUCUGUGUCUUUCUGUAUCUAAAGGUUUAUAUCAGUGUGAGCAGAAAAGUUCCCUCCUUAGAGACAAAAUCAUCCAUCUUCCUCUAGUGGUCACGUUUGAUGAAUUGUCCGCACU